AUGGUUUUCCCUCGGCCUUGAUCCAACACUGACAGACACUCGCGCUCGUCAAUUGUCUCUGCAUCGAAGCGUUUAUCCUCUCACGCAGCCCAAGAUGUCAUCCGCUCGCCCCGUCCCUCCCUUCAGGGCACGUAGUACUCGCCUUCCCCUCACGGCGCUGCUGUUCCUCGUUCUCUCCGUCGCACUCUGCGCGCCUUGCGCCGUGCGCGCGGCGGAGGACCCCGCGGCGUCGUCAAUAUCGGCGGCGCUGUCGGGCGCUUCGUCGGCGGCGCAGUCGUUCCGCGUGUCGCUGCUCGUGCUCAACGCCACUGGGCUGCUCGCGAAGCUGCCCGCCCUCGCGCCGCUCACUCUCUUCGCGCCCACCGACGCCGCGUGGCGCGCCGCAUUCCACGCCCUCGCCCUGCCAUACGUCAGCGGCUACAUCCCCUACCCCGGCGGAGGCUAUGGUAUCGGCUUCGGCGGCUGCGGGACUCCCGACCCAGUUAGUUCGGGGGGCAGCUCGGGCGGCGGCACGGGCAGUGCGAACGACUCCGUUAUUAGCAGCCCCGGCUCCGAUACUAGCGGCGGAGUUAGCGCGGCGAUGGUUCCCGGCCUUCCGGAAGUGGACUUGUCCGGAGUGAACAUCUCUCUGCCCGGCUUACCCAACGUCACGAUCCCCGGCAUUACUAAUGGCGGCCCAGACGGGUGGAAUCUGACCAUGCCGUUUCCUGAGAACAUGACGUUUCCCGAUUUCAACUGGACCAUGCCCGGGGCUAACUGGACCAUGCCCGGGGCUAACUGGACCAUGCCGGAUUUCAACUGGACCAUUCCCGGCGACUUCAACCCGUUGCGCCUCGACCCGCUUCUCGCCGCGCUGAGCGCCGUGUUUUCUGGCGACGGGUCGCCCGCGUCGCUGGCGGCGCUGGCGAAGGAGCGGCCCGAGGCGCUGAAGGCGCUGGCGGACCUCCUCGCGUUCCACGUGGCCACGGCCGCGGCGCUCAACGCGGCGGCCAUCGCGGCGCAGUACGCGGAGGUUCCUGGCAACCUCUCGACGCUGAACGGGCAGGGGCUGUGGAUUAACUACAACGCGAGCGAGAAGGCCGCGCUGCUCAACGCGUACUCGCCGGCGCAGCGCGCGCUGAUCAGCGAAGGCGUCAGCGUCGGCUUUGACGGAACCGUCUACUACCCGAAUGGCACCGUCGUCGCCGCUAACGGAACCGUCAUCUUUGACAGCGCGACGAGCGCGAUAGCGGUGGACUCCGACGGAAACGUCUACUACGCCAACGGCACCGUCGUGAGCGCUAACGGAACGGUCGUUUCUAACGGGACGGCUACUGAUGGCGGCGCCAUCCUGCCUCCCGUCAGCGACUCGACCUCUCCUAACGGCACGGUGGCGCCACGCAACGCGGCGAGCGCGCAGAUGGUGGAACCGCCCCUGGUCGACCCCGCCCCAUCUGGCCUGCUCCCCCAGGUGGAUCCGCUCCCGGGGGACAUGCGGGGCGGGAUGGGGGGAAUGGGAGGGAUGGGGGGAAUGGGGGGAGGGGGAAUGGGUGGCGGAGCGGAAUGGGGGGCGGGCAUGGGGGGGCAGUGGGGCAACUGGAGCGCGGAGGCGCAGCAGCAGUGGUGGGGGAAGGUGGAGGCGUGGCUGGCGCAGGCCGUGCCCGGGCUGAACGUGAGCGCCGACGACUACCUCGCCUGGCUCAACGGGUCCUCGUACGGCUGGGCGGCAGGCUCCGGCAGCAUGUGGAAGCAGGCCGGCAACGACAUGAACGUGGCGCGGGUGGUGCGGGCCGACCUGAUGGACAGCGCUGGGGUGGUGGUGCAUGGCGUGGAUGGGGUGCUCUUCCCGCACUUUGGAUUCCUGCCUGUGUACCCCCUCGUGCUAGAGGACACAGCCAUGAACAUGACAGGGAAUGGCACUGCUGCCAACACAACCAAUGGCACAGGAAGCAGCAGCAGCAGUGCUAGCGCUGACGGCAGUUCUGGCAGCAGCAGCAAGGGAGAUAUGAGUGGCAGUAGCAGUGCAUCGGGAACUGCCCCGGCUGGCACAGCUGGCAAGAGUGCAAGCGCCAUUGUGAGAGGUCAUGUGGGCAUGCUUCCACUCUUGUCCUUUAUCCUGACUUCCAUCUCUCUUCUUGCCCUUGGUUGAUUUCGGGUGACUAUAGUCCGCCUGUCACUUCACAUCUUUUUACAAGAAAGGGUACACAUACCGUAUUUAUUCAGGCAUAUGGUGACACCAGCUAUCAGCAGCAAUCAUCCACCAUCAGUGCUCUGAGGUUCUCAUUCUCAUCUCUGAGUGAAGUGAUGGCUGGACGGCGUGUUAGAGAAGCGGGAAAGUUGUGACCAAGGGAAAAUGUCUAGGGAUACAAAACUAGGGCUGUAUGUUAAAAUUAUAUAAGUUAUAAUUUAAUAUAGGCUUGGUAGGUUGUUACUGAACCUUUCUGUAGAGGGUACAAACCCCUUCUUGGGGUGUGUUAAAAUUAUAUAAGUUAUAAUUUAAUAUAGGCUUGGUAGGUUGUUACUGAACCUUUCUGUAGAGGGUACAAACCCCUUCUUGUACUCUUCUCUCUUCCUAAACAAACCCCUUUUCUUCUC